GGCCCAGAGCUCCGACCAAAGCAGCUGAGGCUCAGGGAGUGCGGGGGGCAGGUGUGGCCGAUGCCUGCCUUUGCACCACUGCUGUCCAGCCUUCGGUUUACGCCGGUGGAAGCAGGGGGGAGGAAACCCAUUCCAAUUGUAGUCGUGUCGCGGAGAGGGGAAGGAGCCCUGGACUUAGGGUGACCGCUUCUUCCCCAUCUCGGAUCAUAUUUAGCUCUCCACGCAGUGCUCUGAUAUUCGGUCCAUUUUACAGAUACAAAGCCGUUCGUCCCGCUUUUAAAACCGAACGUCCCGCGUUCGCGGAGACCCCCUCGGUCCCGGGCAAACUGCUGGGCUGGGCUUUAGGCUCGCUUUGCUGCACGUUGCGGGCAAGGCUCUGCUCCUCUCGGGGUCUUGGGGAAUUCGGCCCCUGAGGAGGAGGCCUUAGCACAUACUGGUUGAGAGCACAGACUUGGGACCAGAAUAACUGGAUGUGAAUCCGGACUUUGCCCCUUACUGUGUGACCUGGUGCAAGUUAUUUAAUGUCUUUGCGCCUCAGUUUCCUCAUCAGUUAAAAGGAAAUAAUACAGAACCUAACUCAGGACUGUUGGACGGGUUAAGUGGGCACACACGUGUAACCACCGAUGACAGCGCUUGGCACAUAGUAGGUGCUCGGUAAAUGCCAGGAUUUUCUGCUGGAGAAAAUUUGAGUAUUUGCAGGUUCACUUUACUGCCGAGGGGGCCCACUGGAGGCUGAUUCACACUGCCCCCUCCAAGUCUAGUACAGUGCCUGACACAUGGUAGACUUCAUACGUAGUUAUUGCAGGAGUGAAGGGUUGCUGUUGAAAACAGUGCAGGUGGUGGAGUGGAAGGGGCACCUCCCCUUACUUAUCUGUGAAGCGGAGAUCCUGGAACUUUUGCAAGGAACAAGGGAGAGGUUCUGUGUGAAUGCAUAUUGCAACCCUUGUUACCCCCAUGUUCUAGGGUUUAGGCAGGACGGUGGACUUGCCUGCCCUUCCCCUGAAACACACUGUUGGUUUCUUAGAACUCUACCCUGGGAGGGAGCUUGGGCUGAUCUUGUUGGCCUGACCUCUUGUUUCACAGAUGGGAGAACUUGAAGUUCAGAAGUGGCAGGGACUUUCUUGAGGUCACAGUGCAUGCUGGGACCGCCACCCUGGCCCCCUAAGUCCCAGUGACCUGUCGAGGAAGUUGGGCUGUUUCCAUGGUGGUAGCAGUGAUGGGUUUUGGGUCUGUGUGUGUUAGUGUGUGAGUGUUUUAAACAGGAAUAUUUUUGUGUAAAAAAAAAAAAGUGUUUAAAAAAUAAACAAAAAUGAAGAGGGAGGAAGGUAAAAAAUCACUCCAAAUCUCAAUCCCCAGAAGCAAAUCCAAGGUCAUGUUUCAGGGACCCAGGUGUAGAGUAGGCAUCCAAGGGUAGAGGAGAAGCACAGGAAGGAAUAAGACUGUCUCACCAAUGGUUAGAGAAGGACAUCAUGCUUGGUAAAGUAGAAGGACAGUUAAAAUAAGGAAGACCCUGCAUGAGAUGGAUUGACACAAUAGCUGCAAACGAUGAGCUGAAAAUGACCAACAGUCAUGAGGCUGGUGCCCGCUACGUACGGUCACACCUGAUGUUACCUUACAACAACUGGAGUGAAUUAAUGAAGAUUAAAUGGGUGGGGGUCAUAUUUAAAGGAGUGUCGCUUUGGGAGGGGACUGAGUGCCAUAACAUUCAUGUGCAAAUUAAUAGAUCACAGGGAAACCUUUUUACAGUUGGGUAAAGGUGAAGCUUUCACACCUCAUAUCUUAUUUAGCUCUCCCCACAAUGCUCUGAGGUAGAUAUUAGACCCAUUUUACAGAUGAGAGAACAUUCUGGAAAGUUAAAGUACUUCAGGGUCACUUGUGAUUAACUGGCAGAUGCAGGCUCCAGUUCAGAUCCUCUGACCCAGUCCAGGCCCGGCCCAAGAGAGCAUGGCCGCCAUCUUGGUGAGAGGCGGGACUGGAGCCCGGCGCCCUUCGCAAGUUCCCAGUCCUUUACUGACUGCUGGCCAUUGCCCCUCAACUCACCAUCAUUGUGCAACACCAACGUCCUUAGCCCAGUGUGGAUUACCCUUAGGAUUAAGAUUUAGGGUCCUAAUAUUUUAAAAUAGAAGGUCAUCUUGUAGAGCUCUUGAUUCUUCACAUGAGGAACUGAGGGCCCCAAGAUGCUGAAUAAUAACCUGUAAAUGGCCAGUGUCAUGACAAAUCAAGAUAGACAGGUAGGCGCUUGGGGUUGUUGCCUGGCCUUCCAAUCGCCUCUGCCACUUAAUGAGACUGUGACUCCCAGCAGAUCAUUUAUCCUUUCUGAACCUUGCAGACAGCAGUGGUGUGAUCGCACCUGUCAUGGAGGGUUUGGGUAUAGUUGUGGUCAUAAAUGUGAAACAUUCAGGUAUCAUCCUCUUUUUCUCAGAUUAUAGCGCAUGGUGGGGGCUCAGCAAAUUGAACAGGUGGAUGGGUGGGUAGCCAGAAGGACACAUGGAGGACCUGGUUUAAUUUGAGCAUGGGCACUCUGUCUGGGUCCUCAGUGCCCAGCGUCAUGCCAGACGCACUCAGUAAAUGUUGCUGAAGUGCAUUGCGAUGACUUGCCUGGGACGAGACCCCGAGUGUGCUGUCAACUGUCCAGUAUUGCUUUCUGGCUGCCACUCUCUUUUAGCACGCCCACAUCUCUGGAAGGGAGAGCUCAUGGAAUUUUGCUGGCUGUCCUGGGACCCAGGCACUGGGCACAGAGUUGGGGAGCAGGGCAGAAAAAGGGGACUCUUGUUUGGAUCCAGCCCCAUUAAAAAAUGCCGUCUUUUUACACUUAGGGCUAGAAGUUGUCCCAAAAACCCUAAUGCUAUUUUAUGCUUUAGUAACUGCAGAAGCAUAAAUGCUACAAACUUAAUCAAAACCAUCAUUUGAAAGUUUAAUUACACCCUCUCCUCACUUGUCAGCAGGUAGGUUCCAAAGGCCAGGUCAGUAUGUGAAAUUGGUGUUACGUGAAAAUGGAGGAUGACUACAUCCUCACAUAGCUGCCAAAUCGCUGAGAAUCGUGACCCAGCCAAGUUAACACAUCACCACAAAGCCAGCAUUGCCCUCACCUUGCACCUGGGCAUUUGCUGCUGCCAGACAUACGUGCUAAAGUGCAAAGCAGUGGGAUAGUAGAUUUUUUUUACUGUUGUCGUAAAUGUGAAAUGUCGGAUAACAAGAUAGUUGAUAAGUGAGAUGAUACAUUUAAAUUUCAUUGACAUUUAUGAAGUCUUGUGAAAUCUGAAUCAUACUAUUUUGUCUGUUUUAGCAACCUUUGCUACUCUCAAUGAGAGGGGCUGAAUUUUCAGAUGGUUUUUUCGCAAGUUUGUAGCUUGUUCACUUUUGGAAUCAUUAAACGUGCGCUGAGUCUUGCGGCACCCUGUCUGCUGGGCAGUUAAGGUGGUGUGGGAGGCAGCUGGUGAGCUUGCUGCGCUCUGCACGCCACCCCCAGCCCCCCAGUACGCAUGCGGUGUUCCCUCCUACGCGGAAGAUGUUUUCCCUGAGGCUAGGUCUGCGGUGAGGUGUAACCAGGGUGACUCCUGUCUGGUGCUGGGGUGUCCUCAGGGCUCUGUUAAGGGAGAGGUAAGCUCCUCACAAAGUCUGAGUCAGCCUUCUGGAUGUUAUCUGGGUUUUUUUUUUAAGCUCCUUACUGACCUGAUCUCGUUCACCAAGCAGGCGGACACGUUGUUGCUCUCAUUCCAUGUCAAGUGUAAAACUUGAGCGAUUGCCCUGAAAAUCCAGAGGAUUUCUGCCUUUGAAACCAAAACAGCCAAAUAGCUAACUGGACAUUUGUCAGAGAGACCAAAUGAAAACGGCUGGGAAGUAUUUUUCCAAUGGAUGUGUGACCAAAUGCUAAUCCUCUCCUGAGUUGAUGUUUCUAUGGCGUGUGGCUGAUCGCCAGAGGGACGGCGUGUUUUGCAGAUACUGCGAGCACCCUUGUCCACGUCCCUGGCUUCUUUCAGGCAUUAGAUUUUAUUUGCAGCCGUCCUUCGAGUCCUCGAGUGCCUGUCCUUCCGUGAGGGACUGUUCAGCGGGGAGCCUCCCCAUUGGAUUUGUCGGCUGGCUGAAACUUCCUCUCCUCCCUCCUCUUCUCUCCCUUGAUCAAGAGACAGACUGGUCCUCAGCAGCAGAGGCUGGAAUGCUCUAGGCCUAGCUUGAAGCGGUGUUUUCAUUGUUGGUUAAAAAAAUCCAAACCCCUUGCUGUCAAGUCGAUUCCAACUCAUAGUGACCCUGAGGAUAAGACGUAAAACCUAUUUUGGAUAGAGAACAUUGGAAUAUUGAACUAGAAAUGGUAUUUUUUACAUGCAAUGCGUGUGGCGACUCCGUGAAGAAGGGGCAGGUGGAAAAGCACGUAGCGGUCUGCGGAAGCUGUGAAUGCCUGUCUUGCAUUGACUGUGGUAAAGAUUUCUGGGGUGAUGACUAUAAAAACCACGUGAAGUGCAUAAGCGAAGAUCAGAAGUAUGGAGGCAAAGGUUACGAAGGUAAAACCCACAAAGGCGACAUUAAGCAGCAGGCCUGGAUUCAGAAAAUUAAUGAAUUAAUUAAAAAACCCAACGUCAGCCCCAAAGUGAGAGAACUCUUAGAACAAAUUAGUGGUUUCGACAACAUUCCAAGGAAAAGGGCGAAAUUUCAGAAUUGGAUGAAGAACAGCUUGAAAAUUUACAAUGAGUCGAUCCUGGAGCAGGUGUGGAGUAUCUUUUCUGAAGCUUCCAGGAAUGAACCAGCCAGUGAGGGGCAAGAUAAACAGCCACUCAACCAGGUGGCCAAUCCAUGUGCAGAAAUUUCCGCCAAGGCUCCAUCCGCCAGCGCACACGAAGCCCCAGAACAGCAGGCAGAGGUGAAGAAGAAUAAGAGAGAGAGGAAGGAAGAGCGGCAGAAGAACAGGAAAAAAGAAAAGAAAGAACUAAAAUUAGAAAACCAACAGGAAAAUUCUAGAAGUCAGAAGCCUAAAAAGCGCAAAAAGGGGCAGGAGGCAGAGCUGGAGGCUGGCAGCGCGGCGACCCCCGAGGCCAACGGCACUGCCGGGAAGAGAGGCAAGAAGAAGAGUGGCAAAGGCCAGUGCCCUGCAGAGCGGGGAGUGAACGGAAACCAGGGUCAGGAGGAAGGCUCUGCCAAGGAAAAAGAGACAAAAGCAGGCACCGGAAAACGAAAACGGAAGCAUUCUGAAGGUGAAGCAGAUUCUAAGAAGAAAAAGAUAAAACUCCCAGGACGUUCUGAGGGCGGAGAAAUGGAAGACCAUGACCCCCCUGUGAAAGGUAAAUUCAACUGGAAGGGAACUAUCAAAGCAGUGCUGAAACAAGCCCCGGACAAUGAAAUAACAGUCAAGAAGCUAAAGAAAAAGGUUUUAGCUCAGUACUAUGCUGCGGCAAAUGAGCGUCACAAAUCCGAAGAGGAGCUCCUGGUCAUUUUUAACAAGAAAAUCAGCAAGAACCCCACCUUUAAGCUAUUAAAGGACAAAGUCAAGCUUUUGAAAUGAACAUUUUCAUAUUUCAGAAACGAAUUCAUUCUGUCGUUGACUUCUUCCUUUCACUGUUUAGAAAACUUGUAAUGAAUUCUAACAACUCACGUUUUAUUUCCAAAGCUGUAUUUUUAAGUUAAAGAAAAUAUAUAUUUUUGGUAGAACUUUUAUGAGAGAAUAAAGUAUAUUCUUGUCCACAA